GGCUAGGAAGGGCUGGGAAGCAAGGGCUGGCUAGGAAGGCCGGUCUUAGGGGGGUCGCAGCCGCCGCCCUCACGGCGCGGGGGGCGGGUCGGGCCCGCCCUCAGCGCGCCCCGCGGCCCCGGCGGAAGGAGCGGCCCGGCCCCUCCUCGCCGGCUGCUUCCGCCCGGUGUCGGCCGAGACAGCGCCGGCCGCCGCCGUGCCGGGAGCCGGGGAGCCUGCCAACGGGGAAGCAAACAUGAGGUCGGGGUCAGAAGAGCCAGUCCCCUUACAUGAAGAAUUUAUCUACUGUUGUGGAGCUGCUACCCAUGUCUUAAAGUGUGGGCCCUGGAAAGACCUCUCAAAAGAUGAAAGUAAAAAUCUACCCAGGCUCUUGUUCAUGAUUAUUCCUGGUAACCCUGGACUGGCAGGUUAUUACAAGACCUUUAUACAGGCCCUUUAUUGUGGACUGAACCAGCAGUAUCCUGUCUGGGUUGUGAGCCAUGCUGGACACUGUAAACCUCCGAGUGGGAUGGAAAUGAUAGAAGACACAGAUAUUAAGGAGCUAGAGGAUGUUUUUGGACUUAACGGACAAGUAGAGCAUAAGCUGAACUUCCUCAAAAAGAAUGUAUCAAAAGAUAUAAAGCUGGUACUGAUUGCUCAUUCUAUUGGUUGCUACAUCACCCUGGAGAUGAUGAAACGAGCAUCAGAACUUCAGGUCCUGCGCUCCGUGCUGCUGUUCCCGACCAUCGAGCGCAUGGCUCAGUCCCCGCAGGGCAAGCUCAUGACCCCCCUGCUCUGCAAGCUCCGCUACGCUCUGUACAUGCCCGUGUACCUGCUGUCCUUCCUUCCCGAGGGAGUCAAGGCCUCCCUGGUGAGGUUUGCACUGCGGGGGAUGAAGACCUGUGAUGAGUCUUCAAUAACAACCUCCAUAAACCUCUUCAGUGUCGACUGCAUUGCCAACAUCUUGUACAUGGCAAGCCAAGAAAUGAUGAAGGUGGUGGAGAGAGACAGUACAACCAUAAAGCAAAAUUUAAAGAAGCUGAUUUUUUACUAUGGAACUGGAGACAGCUGGUGUCCACAGCACUACUACGACGAGAUCAAAAUGGAUUUUCCAGACGGGGACAUUCGGCUCUGUGAGAAGGGGCUCCGCCACGCCUUCGUGCUCGAUGCCAGCAAGGAGAUGGCUGCCAUGAUCACAGACUGGCUACAGGAUGAUCUGACCAAAUUAUAAACACUAAUUCAGUGAUCAACAAGAAAAUGAUGUAAUUAUUUUGUGAACGUGUAAAAUUUUUUUUGUGAGAGAGUCUGUCUUAUUUUUUUUUUCUGUUUACUAUAGAUUAUGGCUUGUUUUCUAUUGAGAUGCUUUAGAGAAAGUUAAAGAGAGACUGGCUGGUCCAAAGUAUAGUUUUAUUGACUCAGUGCUUAUGUAGUUUCAUCCCGAGUCUUCAGGACUCUGGAAGACUUGGCAAAAGGUGGAAUAUUUAUUGUCUGUUGGCACUCUAGACAAUGCUGACAGAACUUUACCUGAGCUACUUCCACCCCACUCUCUGCUGGACAAGUGUCAGGGUUGGGUGGAUCCUGGCAAUGGGUCCUGCUACGCUGUGAAAGGCCUGGCCCUCUCCUCGUGUCUCACCCCUCUGUGUGAGCCAGGUGCAUGGCAGCCAGAAGAGCCCGGGGCCCUGGGCAGUCCUGACGUUGUCUCCUCUGGUCAGAGGGGGUUGGUGGUCAGGCUGAGUUUGGGAUGAGUUCAGGGAAGAUGUGGAGAUCAGGUGUGCAGUUUCUCCAAGUCUCACCACAGCUUUGGGGCACUGCCAGGACUCCGCAGGGUCUUAGAAAUGCUGUAAGGUAUCUGUGGCUGCUCAGCAAAGGAAUACAUAAGGAUCUCUUGCCUGGAACAUGGCCAAGUGUUCCAUUUUUCAAUUGACUGUAGAGAACGGAAAGUACACUGGUCAAAAAUGCCAGUAUUUAAAAGUUAAAAUGGAUUGCAGAAUCCAUGUAUAACAACUUCUAGGUGGCCUAGCUCUCCUAAUGAAGUCCAUGAGAACAGUGCUUGCUCAGCAGCUUUAAAGAAUUGAACCACUUUUGAUGCAUGUCUAAGUUUCAGUUCUUUGCUCUAAGGACUGAAGUAUGAAAUUUUCUGCCAAGCCACAAAUUAGGCACCUUCACCAUCAGAAAACAUCUGUUACUAUGCCAUGGCUGCACCCAUGACAUGGCAUGAAUGAUACUGUUGAGAACCAGACCCUUGCAUGGUGCUGACAAGUUCCCUGUUCCUCACAUUUGGUGAACCCUUUCCUUUACAGAUGUAAAAAAAAAAAAAAAGAAAAAAGCUUUCUACCAGUUGUGAUAACAAAAGAAGUUGCAGGGAAUAGCUAGAAAUGAAAAUAUUGCAAGUAAGGGGAACAGAGCCAAGUGUAAUCAGGAAAAGCUUUCUUGCCACGAACCUGUGAAAUAGUCUCCCCGUGGAGUUCAUAAAGACAUUUAUAAAUAAGCAAAACACUACAGGGUAGUCAGGGGAGGUCCUGCCCUUGUAAAAAGAUCAAUUUAGAUGAUGCACUGAGUAUCUAACUUACAUGAUUUAUUAACAGUUUUGAUAUGUGUGAGAAUGGUAUUGGAGAAUGUUCUCUGUGAUGCAGAAAGAUCAAUUAAUUGCUUUCUUUUCUUACACAAUUAUACACACCCCUUCCACCACUCUCUAAACCCCCCUUGAACCUUUCACUGGUAUUUAGACCAACUUGUAAUUGAGUUCGGUUCCUGGAUAUUUAGGAAUAGUUUUCAAACCUGCAGACUGACACUGGAUUUAAGUGACCUUCUCUGUAUCAGAAACUGGUUUAGCUUUUAUGCCUAGCCAGUGGAUUUUCCAAUUGCACUGCCAUGUAAUGAAAUGGCACUGAUGAGUGGGGCAGGAUUGUUGGGAACACAGUUUCAGCAGCGUGGGGAGGAACCAGACCUGUUCAAAGUGAGGAGACUAUCCCCAUGCAACUGAUUCUGCUUAUUGGAGAGUCACGGGACUUUCUGUCUUUCUACAGGUCCAUAUUCAGUCAUGAUCAAAACAAUUCUUGUGCUCACUGUAGAAAUCCAUAGUUGUAUGUGUGUGAUAGCCCCCAGAUGUUGGCGUCAUCCCAGUUGGAUGGCCUUGUGGCAGAUGCUCCCUGCAUCUGUUGGCUGAGGUGCUCCCUGGGGCAGAGCCGGGGAGGACGUGCACAUACGUGGAGAUACAUUAAUGGACACGUAUACGUACAUGUGCACCUGUCUGUCUGUCAGCAGCAUAAAAACCACAGUUCACUUGGUUGUUUUGGUUUGCACAUUGAUCUGGUUGAGCAAAACGUUUGUUCUUCGAAGUAUGUGGAGUCAGGGAAUGGACAAAUACCCAGUUUGUGGGAGUUCAGCUGUUGUAGUGGAUCUCCUGAGACCAGACAGAUUCUUGCAUUAACCAAAGAUGACAAGCAACUACUACAGCUUGAAACUGAAGCACCUAUGAGAAGCAGUUGUUUACAGUGCAUUAUAUGUAUACUUUGUAUGAGGAAUUAAUUUAGCAAUACUUGUACUUGACUUGUGUAUGCCUUUUAUACAAAAGUUAAUCCAUUAUACUAAAUCCUAACUGCAUUAAGACCUAAACUGAGAUUAGGUCUGGUCAGUGAUGACUAGAUCUACUGCAGAAGAAUGCCUUACAAUUUUCUUAAAAGAAUUUUCUCUAGUAUUAAAAACAAAAACCAUAUUGAUUCAAUUGCUACCUUCCUCCUAGAAGCUCUUACUGUAAGGCAAAGAUCUGAAAAUUUGCUACUCUAUUCAUUGCUAAAACACACGGGCCUAGUUUCCACAGCUGUAUUUCCUAGGAGGAGCAGAUCCCACACAGUGAGAAUCCAGCUCCUCGGAAGCCUGCAUUGUUCAUUGUCACCCCAGGCAAAGAUUGUCAAAAGUGCUCGUGGUCCAAAUGUGCCAAUUUACCUUGAAAACACAGUGUGGUUUUGCCUAUUUUAGACUAUUUAAGAAUUCUUGGAAAACCUAUCACAAAUAUAUUGACUGUAAGCUGUAGCACCUACUCACUGUCAUUCACAUCUGUGCUUGAUUCUCACCACACGAGUGACCCUGCUAGUGCAGUGACUUUGACUCAUGUGCAAGUGUUUUGCUAGAUCGAUACCUUUUAAUAAAAGUACACAACUCCAAUAACAAAAAUAAAGAAAUUUAUGGUAAAAUGUAA